AUGGCUGCUACCGCGGCCGCCGCCGAGACCCUGGUCGGCCAUCUAGAUGCGGCAGCGUAUCCACACCUGAUCGACCUCAUCCUCUCGGCUUCCUCCCUCCAGGUCCUCCUCACCUUUCGCGGUACCUCGCGCGCUUUGAAGGACGGAGUCGACGCACUCAUCAAACGCAACGGGCUAUGCAUGGUCGUCACCGCUGGCGACGGCGACGGAAACUCAGCCCACAUGGCUUUCCACUUCGCCGGCAAGACCUACAGCCCCGAUUCCUCCAGGACCUUCCUUCCGCAGCUGGCUCCAUUGAUCACGGCGGUCGACCUGGACGGCAACGCGCUCAAACAUGACCUCCGCGACCUCACCAUCACUCCGCUGCACCAUCUCAAGACAUUCAACGUGCAUGACUUUGAGGUAGUGGAGAAGAAUCACCCGUUCCAAGCCGAAACCUGCGUCGUCUCGCUCAACGCUUUUCUUGACCAUCCCAAGACGGGUGGAACACGCAUCUUGCUCAACAGGAGGCUCGUACUUCCAGACACGAAGAAGCUCGUGGUGAACAUUGUCACCAGUGGGGAAUAUCGCGAGCCCUCGUUGUCCGUCGACCAAGUCGUCGUGUUCGAGAUCCCGCCCAGCGUCGUGGAAGCAGUCAUCAUCUUCACUCAAGCGCCCAACCCAGGUGUCAAAGCGUUCCGCCCUCAGUCGAUGUCACGUCUCCACCCGUCCAUGGCCCUGCACGAGCUCAUCUUCCAGCACCCAAACCUCAAGCUCAAGCUCGUCGAUAUGGGAUACCUGUUCACUCGUACCAAGCCAGGCCAGAAGAUUACCGACUUGCACCACGCAUACAUGGAGAAGUCGUUUUCGAGGGACAUCAACCAGAUGGCGGAGAAGCCGGAUGGAGAGGGAAGUUGGCCCUAUGCGCAUCUUGAGAUGCUUCGUCUGGACGAGUACCUUCAACGUCGGGGAGGACGCGCUUGGAUACCAGACGGUGAUGGUCUUGCUUCACACUCUUGUAGAUAA